AUGUCUGUUGAUGUUUCGGAUCUAUUACCAGUACUUGAACCUGAAUAUGAGCCAACUUUAAUUCCUGCAGGUCAAUCAUCAGGAAGAAACUAUUACAAGAAUGGUAUUACGAUGAUUGUUUUAUUUCUUAUCAAUUUAUUAAAUUAUACGGAUCGAUUUGCCAUCGCAGGUGUGUUAAAAGAAGUUGAAAUUAGUUUUAAAAUUUCGCCUGACAAAAGUGGUCUUCUUCAAACAGUAUUCGUUUGUAGUUACAUGGCUUUAGCACCUGUCUUUGGUUAUUUAGGAGAUCGAUAUAGUCGAAAAUGGAUCAUUAUCGUAGGUGUCACUUUUUGGUCGUUAACUACUUUAGCUGGAUCAUUUGUACCAGAUAAUCUAUUUACAGUAUUUCUAGUUUUACGAGGCUUAGUCGGUGUUGGUGAAGCUUCAUAUAUAUGUGUUGCACCAACAAUUAUUGCAGAUAUGUAUAAACAUGAUAUGAGAACACUUAUGUUAGCUGUUUUUAAUAUUGCUAUUCCAUUAGGCAGUGGUCUUGGUUAUAUUGUUGGAUCAUUCACUACAAAAGCAUUUCAUGGCGACUGGCGUUGGGCUUUAAGAGUAACGCCUUGCCUUGGUGCUAUUUGUAUCAUAUUACUCAUUAUUCUCGUUACAGAACCAGUACGAGGUAGUUCCGAUGGAGUUCAAAUGUUAAAACGUAAUAAUUGGUUUUCUGAUGUUCGACAUAUCUUAAAGAAUAAAAGCUUUCUUUUAACAACAUUUGCAUUUACAUGGGUAGCAUUUGCAUUAGGAUCACUUUCCUGGUGGGGUCCAAAAUUUCUUCAAUUAGCUGAAAAUAAUAAAGAAACUGAAGCCAAUGUUAGUCUUCGUUUUGGUAUAGUUGCUUGUAUUGCUGGAAUUUUAGGUGUAAUUCUCGGAAGUGGAAUUGCUAAACUUUUGCGUCAACGAACUGCUCGUGCUGAUCCAAUUGUUUGUGGUGUUGCUGUUCUUCUAGCUUUGCCAUUUUUAGUUGCAUUGCUGAUAUUAUCUAAAACUAACCGAUUCGUAACAUGGUUUGGUGUUCUCAUUAGCGAAACAUUAUUUUGUAGUAAUUGGGCGUUAACAUCAGAUAUGCUUAUGUACAUUGUAAUUCCAUCAAGACGUGCUACAGCAAGUGCUAUUCAAAUAUUCAUAAUGCAUCUAUUGGGUGACGCAUCUAGUCCAUAUAUCGUUGGUGUUAUAGCUAAUUAUUUCCAAAAAGGUUCUGAAGAUAAUUAUGUUCAAUGGAGUUCUUUACGUAAUGCCUUAUUGUUAACUCCAAUGGUUGCUAUUGUAGGUGGUAUAUGUUUUUUAAUUGCUGCAAUUUUUAUUGUUCAAGAUCGUCGUGAAGCAGAAAUUGGUAUCGAAUAUAUGAACUCUGGAGAUACUUUUCGAAUGGAUGAAUCAAGUAAACAUUAA